AUGAUGUCUACAUUUCAUCUAGUGGAUGAUUAUUUCUCGCAGAACAAUUUCAUCCAGGCCGUUCUUUCUCUCUAUGCCAGUGGUCGUACAACUGGUAUAGUGCUUGAUUCUGGUGACGGUGUGAGCCACACGGUUCCAAUUUUUGACAGUUAUGAGCUUCCACAUGCCAUCCUUCAUUUGGAUCUUGCUGGUCGAGAUCUCACAGAUAACCUUAUGAAGAUUCUCACCGAGAGAAGCUACAUGUUCACCACAACUGUAGAACGGGAAAUUAGCUAUGAGCUGCCUGACGGACAAGUCAUCACUAUUGGAGCUGAGAGGUUUCGUUGUCCAAAUGUCCUCUUCCAGCCAUCAUUGAUUGGAAUGGAAACUGCAGGAAUACAUGAGACGACCUACAACUCGAUCAUGAAGUGUGAUGUAGAUAUCUGGAAGGAUUUAUAUGGCAACAUUGUGCUCAGUGGUGGCUCAACAAUGUUCCAUGGUAUUGCUGAUUGUAUGAGUAAGGAAAUCACAGGUCUUGCUCCAAGCAACAUGAAGAUAAAGGUCGUGGCACCGCCAGAGAGAAAGUACAGUGUCUGGAUUGGAGGGUCCAUCCUAGCACCGCUCAGUGCCUUCCAAAAGGUCUAGUUUGAUUAACUUAUAUUUUUGGUUAUGUAGUGUGCAUACGAUAUUUUCUUACUCUUUGAUCUAUAGUCUGACAGCUGUUACUUCACUUCUUGAGAAGUAUGGGAUUGACCCGAAACAAAUUGGUCGGCUUGAAGUGGGCAGUGAGACUGUUAUAGACAAGAGCAAAUCCAUUAAGACAUUCCUCAUGCAAAUUUUUGAGGGAUGUGGAAAUAUUGAUAUUGAAGGUGUUAACUCAACCAAUGCAUGCUAUGGGGGAACUGCAGCAUUGUUCAACUGUGUCAACUGGGUGGAGAGUAGUUCAUGAGAUGGACGCUAUGGGCUUGUUGUAUGCACAGACAGUGCGGUAUAAACCAGUGGAAGCUUUGAAAGGCUCGCCUCUGAAGACUGAAGACGAAAGAUCUAAUAACUAGUAUGCGGAGGAGGAAUUGAAGUGUUAUCUUAUUAGUUCAGUAUUCAGUUUUUUAGAUGAAAGAAAAUUUUUUAUGCAGAAGAAAGUUUAUUUAGUGGCCUUGGUCUGUUUUCGUAGAUCCCUAGUUGCUAGAUGUUUCAAAUGUGCUGCUAAAUACUUUUUAUUCAUUGCCCUGAAGUUGCUGUGAAACACACCCCAGAGUAACUUUGCUUGAAACAAGGCCGUUUUAGCCUUUUUGGAGGCAAACCCCUCAUUGAAAGUUCUGGAAUUGGUUAAAUAUGCUCAACUGCUGUCAUGGCUUGUAUUUGGGACAAACCAGUAGGUGUUCACUGUGUUGCAUAGAUUAGUCUGUGGGUCAUGUUUUUAUUGAUUGUGAAAUUGCUGAGUUAGUCUGAAAGAAGUUAGCUGAUUUUGUUGGUUUUCAGCUUGUAAGGAAUGAAGGCCUUGUGGUGAGAAUGUUGAGAUUGGUUAGAAUUUUAGAAAGCAAUCUCUGAUCAGGCCAGGAAGCUGCAGCAGCUAGAUCAGCAGGGUACCAAAGUUUUAAGGAAGAAGACUGUUAUACUGCCUCUUCAUGUCUCUGGACAAGGGGAAUUGAAGACUGUACAGAUUGAUUGGUUUUUUUGGAGUGAUUAAAGCCUUGAAUUUUAGGCUUUUCAUUGUUUUGAUUCUUGUAAAAUCUGCUUCUUGUAAUACUUGAUUUCAAUAAAAAAAAAAAGUAUGUGAAAUUUGAAAAUAUUGAAAAAUAAAUUCUUUCAAAU